CCACAAAUGUCAAACUUAAGAACUUUAAUGUUUUGUUUCACUUUCAUGGUGGUUAAAUUGAUUUGAAUAAAAAUCAGAUUUUGUCCUCAAACAAGUUUUAACAGGACCAAAGAUGGUUGUGCAAGCAGCAGUAAAGCUACACCCUCCACCUACAUGUUUUUUUUUUUUUUUUGUGGGCAGGGGUUUAAAGGGAUUGAGAUUCGGAGUUCAAAUGAUAGAGCAUAUUUGAGGACAACAGCACUUUAUAAAAAGUGUCCUUCAGUGCUGAUUGGAAAUGCUGACACAUCGAGGUGUUUGCAUUCAGUGGCUGCUCCUGCUUCUUCAUGUCUCAGGAAGUGCGGCCAGGUUUAACUUGUUCAAAACAAACUCUGAUCCGCAGGAAGGUGAUGUGAGGCUGUUUGGCACUAAGAGCACUUCAGAGGGCCGCGUGGAGGUCUACCACAGUGGGAAAUGGGGAACAGUGUGUGACGACGGCUGGGACAUGUCUGAGGCUCAGGUGGUGUGUCGUCAGCUCCACUUCCCCAGAGCAAAAUCUGUUGUCCUCGGGAAGAACUAUGGAGAAGCCUCUGGACCUAUUUGGCUGGAUGACAUCAACUGCAAAGGCACAGAGACGCAUCUAUUUACUUGUAAUUUCAAAGACUGGGGAGUAACUGACUGCAGCCACAAAGAGGAUGUUGGAGUUAUUUGUGAAACAGGCUCUAAUAUGACCAUCAUCGAUUCUACACACGGGCUGGACCACAGUUUCAGUCUGUCUGAUGACCUCGGCCAGUUGUUUGACCGUGGAAGUGCUUGUGACUUCCUAAUCUUUGUCAAGAGUGCCACUGGCAAUAGACAGGAGGAUGGGACUCCGGAGAUGGGGGGAAAAACCAUCUGUGCUCACAAAAUGAUCCUCUCGCAGUUUCCGCUCUUUGAGGCUUCAGAGGGGAUUUCUAACAUCACUAUCGAGAUCGACCAGUCCUGCCAGCCAUAUUUCACCUCCUUCAUCAGAAAGCAAAACCGAGGGGUGAGCUGUACGAGUCUCCCCAUGGCAAGGCUGGUUCCCCAAAGCAGCAACUUUCAGCAAAGCAACAUCAUGUUUCAUAACCGGCUCCUUCUGGUGUGCCAAGACAGUUACAUCUUUCAAGUUCAGGACUUCAAGGUCAACCAGGCACGUGUCGCUACUAAUGGGACCCAGGUUUUUGCCUAUCCCUGUCCUGAAGACAAUUACAUCUUCCACUUUGUAGUGAGACCGCAUCAUGUCUGAGUUUGAUUAUUUCUCACUCCUGUUUGUCAUAUUAUUAUGCAACAAAUUGCAGUCAAAAUGUGACUUUUUUUCAUGAGUCUUUGUUGGUUGGUUAGGCACAAACGUAUCACCUGACAAUGAUUUCAUUCAUGCCAUAUCAAUCAUAUCCUUACCUACUUUUUAAAAUGAGAAAUAAAAAAAGUGAUUCCUAUA